AACUUACAGUAGGCAAACUUCAUUUAUACGAUUAGGAUAGAUUAUGUGCUGGACACGUCAGGCUUAAGUUAUAAUUAUAUUUAGUUUAAAAGUAAUGUUAUAAUUACAAAUCGCUAUGGCGUGUACACAGUGGUAUUUUAAAGCAAUAGUAUUAGUUUUAAGUGUAAUAAAUUCUUCCAAAUGUGACGAUCUCAUUGUGACUACAUCUUUAGGUAAGGUUGAGGGCAAGCAAGUUGACUCUAUAUUACCAAAUGAGAAAUAUUAUGCAUUUCUGGGCAUUCCAUAUGCCAAACCACCGGUUGGUGAACUCCGGUUUAUGCCAACUAAACCUCACGAUGGCUGGGAUGAAAUUCUAAGCUGUAAAAAGCCGAAGACAGCGUGUGCUCAAUUUUAUGUUCCACACAGAGACAUAGAGUUCAAGCGACAUGGAUUCUUUGGAGAUGAAGACUGUCUAUAUUUGAAUGUAUUUACACCUAAAGUACCAACAAAUGAAGAUCUUAGCUUUCCCGUUAUAGUCUACUUCUUUAAUGAUAAUCUAAAGACGUCUUCAAAUUUCACAAAAGAUUACGGUCCAGACUUUUUCAUGAAAGAGGAUGUUAUUAUUGUAACAAUAAACCACAGACUGGGAGCGUUAGGUUUCUUAUCAUAUGAAGAUGAUCUGCUACCAGGAAACAAUGGGUUGAGAGAUGUCAUAAUGGGUUUGGAGUGGGUCCGAGAUAAUAUCAAAAACUUUGGCGGUAACCCAGCUAAGGUCACUCUUAUGGGUUCUCAAGGAGGAGCUGUUAUUGUUGAUAUACUACUACAGGUCCCUAAAGCUAAAGGACUGUUUAGCGGUGCUAUCUUACAAAGUGGCACGGCUUUGAAUUCGAUGUAUUUCGGAGGUGAAGGCAAAAAACGAGCGAAAGAACUAGCUGACUACUUGGAAACCAUCUCUUCAUCUAGUUCCUCGCUACUGAAAGGAUUCGCUGCUCUUCAUGCAAUGAAUAUAACUGAGGGCGAAAUUAUGAGUGUCCAUGCGGAUGAAGCUAGAUCAGUACAAAGAGGUAUUCCUGCCUUCGUUCCGGUAGUUGAACAUGACCACCCUGAUGCAAUAAUAAGAAAACUGCCUGAAGAUGAACCUAUAGACAUAGAAGUCCCGGUCAUGAUCGGCUCUACAUCCAACGAAGGGAUUGAGUACUGUGAACGUUACUUAAGAAAACCUCAGUUUCUAACAUUUGCUGACAGAGACUUCUUGUUACUCUUUCCUAUUAGAAGUAAUUACCAUUUCAAAAUAAAUGACGAUGUUUAUACUGAUGCUGUAAAAGAAUUGAAAGACUUUUAUUUAGAGGAAGGUUAUAUUAGAGUCAGUAAGCCAGGAGAAUACAUAACCUAUAUGGGAGAUAUUUUUCAAAACUACCCAAUUGAUUACGCAGUAAGAACGUAUGCCAAACAUUCGAAAGCACCUGUUUACUACUACAACUUCGACUACAGUGGAGACUUGAAUUACAAUAAAAAUUCAAUUUUGAAAUCAUCACUCAAUACAGAUGGUACAUGGGGAGCAACUGCAACAGACGACCUCUGUUAUUUGUUUGUUUGUAAGCCAAUUAAGAAUUUGUAUGUAAAGGCUUUGCAAGACGACGAUUCUGAGGAAUUGAGCGUUUUGAGGAAGAUGGUCAAGCUAUGGACUGAUUUUGCGAAGACUGGGAACCCCACUCCUCAACCAGACGAGGUGACGUGGACCCCCACGACGGCCGAGAACAGAGAGAUCCUGGUCAUCAGUGAUGAGCUGGAGAUGAAGAGCAACCUCAACGCGGACAGGUUCCAGUUCUUGGACGACUUCAUCGCGAGGCACCGGGAGAGGGCGGUCGACGGCGUCAUCCAAGAUAUCAAGGAUGAACUUACCCGGCUUACUAUCAUACCUGCGGUUGCUAUCACAAUAUUACAAUUAGCUGUAAAAAUGGUUACUAGAUUGAAUCGUGCUCCAUGCUUAAUUUUAUUAAUUUUCCUAUCAAUAAAUGCAGUUUUUUCAACAGACGACCAUGUUGAAGUUAAGUUAAAACAAGGUUCUGUUUUAGGAAAAGUGGAAACAACGUUUUUGAAUAAGGAGACAUAUUAUAAGUUCCAAAGUAUUCCUUAUGCUCAACCUCCAGUUGGAUCACUAAGGUUCCAACCUCCAAAGCCACUUGAAAGCUGGGAAGGUACCUACGAGGCUUUCGAUAGGAAACCAACAUGCAUGCAAGUAAACGCACACAAACGAAAUGGAGAAAAACUUGGAAUCACUGGCUCUGAGGACUGUCUCUACCUCAGCGUGUUCACCCCCUCACGUCAAGACUCCCUGCCUGUCAUCGUGCUUGACUACAGUGACAACUUCAAAACUGGCUUCAAUGGAUCUGAUAUUUACGGCCCCGACUUCUUUGUGGAAGAAAACGUUGUAAUUGUCUACAUCACCCACAGAGUUGGACUGCUCGGAUACUUGAACACUCAAGACCACGUCAUACCAGGCAAUGCUGGCUUAAAAGACUUCAUCCUAGGCCUACAAUGGAUCCAGGAUAAUAUUAAAGAAUUCGGAGGCGAUCCAGAAAGAGUUACUAUUAUGGGCAACAGAGGUGGUGCUGCAUUAGCGAAUAUUCUUCUUUAUUCUGAAAAAGCCAAGGGAUUGUUCAGCUCGGUUGCAAUGCAAAGUGGGACAGCUUACGAGGCCGUUUAUUUUCCUGAAAACACAAGGAAAAACGCAUUUAAUUUAGGCAAAUAUUUCAAUAUUACUACUGAAGACAGUACCACAUUACUGAAAGGAUUACAAGAAGUGGAAGCGACUGAAUUGGUGAAGAACGCAUACGCCGGUAUUGGUGAUGUCACCACAAAGGUUGAUCAAAAGAGCGUAUAUCCAUUUGCACCAGUUAUAGAAUCAUUGGGAGAAGACGCCGUGCUAACAGUCUUACCAGAGGAAUCAAAUAUUGUUAAUGAUGUGCCUGUCCUUAUUGGUUACAACUCUAGAGAUGGAUUAGACAUGGCUUCCCUUUACAUUAAGGAUCCUCGACUUGUUGAAAAAGCUGGCGAGCUACUCUUUCUAUUUCCGAUCAGAACUAACUACAGAUUCGAUGUCAACGGUACCUUAUACUGGGAGGCUUUGAGUGAACUAAACCAAUACUAUUUCAAAAGUGGUUAUUUCAACUACAACAACAUAUUGGAAUACGCUGUCUACAUCGGUGAUGAUCUUGAAAUCUAUGCUGUCGACUACGCUGUGAGGCAGCUCAGUGACAAACUGAAGUCUUCUUUAUAUUACUACGUUUUUGACUUCAACGGAGCUUUGAAUGAGAACUACAUAGCGACCGCUAAGUAUGGCAUGAUUGCCCUAGAGCAGUGGGGGGCUACCAUCACCGAUGAGCUGUGCUACUUGUACUUGUGUUCGAGGAUCAGAAACAACUACGAGAGUUUGCAGAAGCGGCCGAGCACACAGCCCGAGCUGAAACUCUUGAAGAAGAUGGUUCGAAUGUGGGCUAACUUUGCGAGGACUGGCAAUCCGACACCAACCGAAGAUGAAGUGCUGAAAGGAGUCACAUGGCAGCCAGUGGAUAAGGAGAACAAAAUUAAAAAUUAUCUGCACAUUAAGAAGAAACUGACCAUGCAAACCAACCCGAUUGAAGAACGUAUUCAGUUCUGGGGCAGUUUUCUCAAGAAGUACGAAGAGAAAGCCAUAGAUGGCGUUGUUCGCGGUGUUAAGGAAACCCAUGAGGAGUUGUAAAAUUAAAUAAAAUGGUUCAUACUAUUAA